AUGUUAUUGACAAUUUCAGCCAGAGGAUGUCCAGCGUUGACGGCCCCAACUAACGGAGCACUGAAUCCUUCUGGACCAUACGCCUACCCAAACCAGGUUACAGUCACCUGUAACUCGGGAUACCAGCUGAACGGAGUCUCUCCUGUGACGUGCCAAGCUGACGGAACAUGGAGCAAUCCUGUUGGAACAUGCGAACCUGACCAAUGUUCUACAUUGGCGGCCCCAACUAACGGUGCACGGACGCCCCCUACCGGAUCCAACUCCUUCCAGGACAGGGUAUCGUUCACCUGUAACUCGGGAUACGUCCUGAACGGUGCGACUUCUGUGACGUGUCAAGUUGGGGGAACAUGGAGUGAUCCUGUUCCAACAUGCACACCCAGAGCAUGUCCGGCGUUGACGACCCCAACUAACGGAGCGCUGAGUCCUCCCGGACCUUACUCCUACCAGGACACUGUAACGUUCACGUGUGACACAGGACACCAACUGAACGGAGUCUCUCCUGUGACGUGUCAAGCUGACGGAACAUGGAGCAACCCUGUCCCAACAUGCGAACCUGGACAAUGUCCGACGUUGGCGGCCCCAACUAACGGUGCACGGACGCCCCCUACCGGAUCCAACUCCUUUCAGAACAGGGUGUCGUUCACCUGUAACUCUGGAUACGUCCUGAACGGUGCGACUACCGUGACGUGCCAAGCUGACGGAACAUGGAGUGAUUCUGUUCCUACAUGCACGCCCAGACCAUGUCCGGCGUUGACGACUCCAGCGAACGGAGCGCUAAGUCCUCCUGGACCAUACUCUUACCAGGACAUGGUAACGUUCUCCUGUGACAGGGGAUACCAACUGAACGGGGUCUCUCCUGUGACGUGCCAAGCUGAUGGAACAUGGAGCAACCCUGUCCCAACAUGCGAACCCGGACAAUGUCCGACGUUGGCGGCCCCAACUAACGGUGCACGUACGCCUCCUACUGGAUCCAACUCCUUCCAGCAGACGGUAUCGUUCACAUGUAACUCGGGAUACACACUGAACGGUGCGACCAGCGUGGCAUGCCAAGCUGACGGAACAUGGAGUGAUCCUGUUCCAACAUGCACACCGCGACCAUGUCCGGGGUUGUCGGCCCCAACUAACGGAGCGCUGAGUCCCCCCGGACCAUACUCCUACCCGAACCAGGUUUUAGUCAACUGUAACCCGGGAUAUCAACUCAACGGAGUCUCUACUGUGACGUGCCAAGCUGAUGGAACAUGGAGCAAUACUGUUGGAACAUGCACACCCAGGCAGUGUCCCGCGUUGACAUCCCCAACUAACGGAGCACGGACGCCCCCUACCGGUUCAAACAACUACCAGAACAGGAUCACGUUCACAUGUGACACAGGAUACCAACUGAACGGAGUCUCUCCUGUGACGUGCCAAGCUGACGGAACAUGGAGUAACCCUGCCCCAACAUGCACACUUCAGGAAUGCCGGAUGUUGACGGCCCCAGCAAACGGAGCUCUGACUCCUGCCGGAAGGAACUCCUACCAGGACGUGGUGACGUUCACCUGUAACCGGGGAUACGAACUGAACGGGGUCUCCAGUGUCACGUGCCAGGCAGACGGAACAUGGAAUGGCCCUAUUCCAAGAUGCCAACCUCUCCAGUGUCAGCCAUUGACGGCUCCAGCAUUUGGAACGUUGCGUCCUCUAGGCGCCACCUCAUUUCAAGACCAGGUCCAGUUCACUUGCAACGAGAGGUACGAACUGAGUGGAGCAUCCAGUGCCACCUGCCAAGCUGACCAAACAUGGAGUAAUCCUGUGCCAACUUGCAGAGUGCCGUCCUGUGACCGCCUGGACGUUGAGGGCUGGGAUUUAGUUUUCCUUCUGGACAGCUCUGGUAGCGUGGAUCAGUCCUUUCUCGCCGAAAAGAGCUUCACCAGAGAUACUAUUGACAUGCUGAUAAACAGCGACGGUGUCACCCGUAUCGGGCUGGUGCAGUACAACGAUAAUCAACAGACCGCUUUCAAUCUGAACCAGCACCAGACAAAGGCUGAUGUCCUGGCUGCCGUUGACAACAUUGGCCAUCUAGGUGGGGGCACCUACACGGGAAGGGCAAUCCACUAUGCUAGACAGGUAGCUUUCGGAGAUAGUGGAAACCGUCCCCACCGCCCUGACGCUCUGAUCGUCAUGACAGACGGCGUGUCCUAUGACCCCGUCAUCUACGCAUCCCAGGCCGCCAGACACCAGGGCAUCACGGUGUUUGCCGUCGGCAUGGGAGACUCAGUGGACAGGGACACAUUGAUGGAGAUCGCCGGACAUCCGCAAUACGUUCUUCAGGUUUCGGAUCCAGAAUCUCGCCUCCAGAUCAUAAGGUCGUUGAAGACAUGGCUGUGCAGUGCGGCUUACUGUGGAGAUCCAGGUGCACCUACAGCUGGUACCCGACAAGGCACGUUCUACCAGGGUGGGCAGGUGGACUUCAGCUGCCACGACGGUCACACGCUGGUCGGUACCAGCUCCAUCACAUGCCAUACUAACGGCACGUGGAGUGGCGAUGUUCCUGUCUGUAGAGUUGGUGAUCCAUGCAGCCCUAAUCCAUGUAGAAAUGGAGGGCAAUGUUUCCAGACUGUCACCUCCUAUCGCUGUCAAUGUGCCAAUGGAUACUGGGGUCCCAGAUGUGCUUCCCUUCCAACGACUACAGUUGCCCGUCCGUCAGGACUUACGACUCGCCCUCGAAUGUAUGACAGACUCAACGAGUGUGGCUGGGACCUGAUCUUCCUACUCGAUAGCUCGACAAGCUUAGGACAGUCCAACUUCGAGAAAGUGAAGCAAUACGCCAAAGACAUAGUGGACGACCUACCAAUACACACGGGUCUUACACGCAUCGGCCUGGUGCAGUACAGUGACUCCCCUAGUGACGUAGUCUUUCUGAAAGAUUACGACAAUAAGACGCAGAUUUCAGAAGCCAUCGAUGGCCUGAGCUACCUCGGUGGGGCAACUUUCACCGGAGAAGCCAUUGACCACACCAGAACGAUCAGUUUUUCUGCAGACAAUGGAAACAGGGAAGAAAUCCCAGACACGCUCGUCGUCGUGACGGAUGGAAAGUCGAGUGACGACAUUUCCUUCCCCUCCCUGUCGACUCGGCAAAAGGGCGUCAACGUUUUCGUCGUCGGCGUAGGAGAAGACUUGGACCGCCAAACAUUGCGAGGCAUCGCCGGAGAUCCAGAGAAGGUUCUCCCCGUCCCCAAUGACGAUGCUCUACCUGCUGCCAACAACAAGCUCGUCAACUGGUUAAACAGAGCUGUGGAAUGCAGGGAUCCAGGUAUGCCAAUGAACGGCAUCAGACGUGGGUCCUUCUUCCAAGGUGGCCAGGUGGACUACAGCUGUAAUGAUGGUUAUGCAGUCGUUGGAGAGGCAAGCAUUACGUGUCAAGCAGACGGCACGUGGUCCGGUGAUGCUCCGAUGUGCAGAUUGGGUGAUCCAUGCAGCCCCAACCCAUGCAGAAGCGGACUACAGUGCGUAGCAACCGUCGAUUCCCAUCGCUGCGAAGAUCCUAACAACCGUGCCAAUCAGUACGGCUGGGACGUGGUGUUCCUAGUGGACAGCUCCGGCAGCCUGGACCAGUCCCACUUCGACACGGCGAAGACCAUGGUCCAGGACAUCAUCAACCGUCGGCAGGACCCCCAGGGUAAGACCCGCUAUGGCCUCAUGCAGUUCAGCGACAUCACCCGUAAGGAGUUCGACCUAAACGACUUUGAAGACAAGGAGAGGGUUCUUGAAGCCGUACGAGGGAUCCAGCAUCUUGGCGGUGGGAGCUUCUUGGGAAAUGCCAUGGAUGCCGUCCGGCAGGACAGCUUUUCAUCAGUGAGCGGCAACCGCCCGGAAAGUCCCGACGCCCUGGUCCUCGUGACCGACGGUCGGUCGGACGAUUCCGUGGACUUCGCCGCUCAGUCCGUCCGUCACGAGAACACCACGAUCUUUGCCAUCGGUCUGGGGGACAACGUUGACGCGGGAAGGCUGGAGAGGAUCACGGACGACCCCGAGAAGGUUUUCAUCGUGUCCGGACAACAGGGCACUGAUCCCGCAACUAACAGGAUGGAACAGUGGUUCAACGGAGGUGCACAUUGCGAAGACCCCGGGGCACCGGUAAACGGCUCCCGGCGCGGCACGUCCUUCCAGGCAGGCAAGGUGGACUUCAGCUGUGACGACGGCUUCACGCUAGAAGGGGAGACAAGCAUCACGUGCCAGGAGGACGGCACAUGGACUGACGAAGUACCAACCUGCACGGCAAUCGGGGAUGGAGGUGGCAGUGGACUGGGCAUCCCUGUCGCGGCGCUGGCGGCGCUGUUGUGUCUGCUGGGCCUGUUGCUCCUGGCGGGCCUUAUCGCCUUAUGCUGCGCCAAAUCUGCUUCUCCCGCAGCAGCGGCGGCUCCGGUAGCAGCGGCGGCUCCUCUCCCACCAAAGGGAUCGGAGUCUCAGGUCGCCAUCAUUGACUUCGUCGGAAUAUAGCGCCGAAAAGGACAUCGCCGCGGCGCGUUAUCUGUCUCGUAAACGGUCGUCGCCAUUAGUGACGACGGUCGUUGCCGCUCAUUUCUGUCUCGUAAACGUUUGUCAUAUUUUUUUAUGUGUAUUAGUACGUUCUGUCUCUUUUCUCAACAUUUUUGUUGCCAUUCAUCAUGAUACUGUCGUAUACAUUUGCAGCUGAACAGUUGGUUUAUAUAUUGUCUUUUCUCUGUCACUCACCCCCCCUCCUACCGCAGAAAGUUAGGAAGUGGUAUCGACCAGUCAGCGAUAUGGCAACGACCGUUUGAAAUGGCAACGACGGUUUACGAUCGAGACGGACAACCGUAGCUCCUUGAUAAUUUAAGUACUAUAGUUUAGAAUUAAAGACAUUGCCACUCCUGCAUGACUCCUGUAUCAUAAAAGUAUUACGUGUUCUAGCGGCGCCACCCGGCACGGUGCAAAUUUAUAUUUAGAAGACCCUCCUUGUCGCUCUUAUAAA